GCAAGCUACUUCUCGGUCGCUCCUCGGUGCCCACCCACCCCACCGUGGUACCCCAUAAAAACAGGCUGCGUAACUCUGCUUUUCGGCUGCUGGGGCGGUGUUCGUUCACCAGAGGGCAGCAGGCGGCAGCGACUGCAGCGACCACAGUCCCGGCACUCGCUGACGUCACAGACGCAGUGACAUUCUAGAGCUGGGACCACUCAGGCAGCUCCGCAUUCUGGGGAGAAGCCGAGCAGGAGAGGGAGAAAGGAAAGACGCUCUUCUUCUCUGCCUAAACAUGGCGGUACAACCUGUCAACCGCUCUGUGAGUGUGGGGGAUCUGGUGAGGGAAGCCGAGAUGAGCCUGCUCGAAUGCAAGGUGUGCUUUGAAAAAUACAGCCACGAGCAGCCGCGGAGGCCCCGGAACCUGGGAUGCGGCCACGUCAUCUGCCUGAGCUGCUUGGUGAACCUGCUGGAUCCGCAGACCCAGACGAUCGAGUGCCCCUUCUGCAGGAGCCUGACCACCCCGAGAAGCGACUGCCUUCUGCUGCUGCAGGUCCUCGAGUUCCUGGGCCCCGCGCUCAGCACAACCCCACCGGGACUCGGGUUCACGGGGCCCCGGGCGAUCAGGUGGUUCCCAGGCGCUCUAACGUGCGUCCAAACCUUUGGGGGCUGGGGAAAGCUCAUCAACCCCAAUUCGCUGGCCUUCUGUCGGAAAACCGGGAACAUGGCCGUAACGCAUGACGGCAGGAGCCGAGUGAAGAUUUUUGGCCCAGACGGAGUAUGUGCCCAACGCUUUGGAGAAAGGGGGAACGGCCCCGAGAACAUUCGGUACGCGCUGGGUGUUACCAUUACCAGCGACAAGUACGUGGUCGUCACCGACGCUGGGGACCGCUCAGUGAAAGUGUUUGAUUUUGCAGGACAGAAUAAGCUGUGCAUCCAAGGUGUCUUCUCUUUGCCCUGGGGUGUGCAGACCACCCCGAAGAACGAAAUCCUGGUGGCUGAUAAUGAGACGGGGUCGCUUUACCUCUUGAAGAUUGACUUUAAGAAAGCGGAGCUUAAGAGUACGACCAAGCUCCCGAUUAGUUUCUGCAACCCCAGAUCCAUAGCUGUGUGUCCGUUCACUGGGUUCAUCGCGGUAGCCGAGAACCUGAAAGCUGAUGGGUGCAAGCCGGCCUCCUCCAGAAUCAGAGUGUUCAGCCCUACUACCUUGAAGCUUCUGGGCCAAGUGGACAGUUUUGGCCUGAGCCUCUUCCUGCCUGCCAUACUGGAUGUCACUAGUAUUUCCUUUGACUUCCACGGGAACCUCCUUGUUGCUGAUGCAGCUAACCACAGUAUAGGGUGUUUAGGGAAACCUUGGGAGUUUCCAUCCUAUAAGCCUGUCAUUACCCACGGGCUUUCUUACCCCGCGGCAAUGAGUUACACUGAUGAGAAUACCCUCAUUGUCCUAGACAGCGGUACCCAUACCGUAAAACUUUACGCGUUUGACUGGACACUCUAGGCAGAUAAAUUCACUUGUGCAUGCGUAUAGUACUCAUUUAAAAAUCUGAUUUAUGUCAAUUGUAUUUCACAGAUAGAAGAUGUUAGGGAUUGUCCAGGGAUGGGGAGCUGUGAUUUCAUCAAAUCAACGUAAUUGUUUUUUCUUGGAUAGUACUCUUGAUGAAAUUACUAUUGGUCUUACUUUAAGCAAGAAAAAAACGAAAGGCUUAUUCCAAAAAAAGGCAGUGACUAUGUCUCCUUCUUUUGCAUUGCACAAUAUAUUUAACAAAUAGGUACUUGUUGCUUAGUUAGCUGCUGGAAAAGGUCUGAGCUGGCAACCAGAUUUUCAAAUAUUAUAGAAGUGUGUGUGUGUGUGUGUGUGUGUUAGUAGCCUGGGACACCAGUGUUAUGGUAAGAACACUACACUGUACAGUACUGUGUAACCUUAACUUGCUAUGUUGCUAUGUUAGAGGCAGUUAGGUGGCCCAGUGGAAAGAGUGUGGAAAUUGGAAUAAGGAAGACCCGAGUUCACAUCCAACUUCAGAUAGUUACUGUGAGACACUAGCAAGUCACUUAGCCUCUGCCUGCCUCUGUUUCCCUAUAUGUAAAAUAGCACCUACAUCCCGGGGUUGUGAUGAAGAUAAAAUUAAAUAUAUUCAAAGUGCUUUGCAAAUCUGUAAGUGCUAGCUGCUAUUAUUGUUGUGUCACUUGUAUUUAUUCAAGGUAGAAAAAUAGCAUAUUUGUGUAAGACUUUUGUUGUUAUUCAGUCAUUUUGUAAAUUGGGUCCAACUCUUUAUGACCCCAUGGGGGGAGUGGAGGCAAAGAUGCUUAAGCAGUUUGCCAUUUCUUUUUCUGCUCAUUUUAUGGAUAAGGAAACUGAAGCCAACAGGGUUAAGUGAUUUGCCUAGGGUCCUGUAGACUGGAACUCAGGAAGAUGAGUCUCCCUAACCCCAGGCCCUGAAUCCUAUCCACUGUGCCACCUACCUGCCCCCAUAUGGGUAUUUAAAGUUUUUAUAAAUCCCUUGCCUCACAGCAACCCUGUAAGGCAGUGAGUCUUAACCAUUUGUGGAUCAUACUUUGGGAGGUCUAGUGAAGCCUAUAGACUCCUUCUCAAAGUGUUUCUAAAUGCAUAAUAUAAAAGACAUAAUAUUAUAAAAUAAACCAAUAUAUUGAAACAGUUACUACAUUAAAAAAAGUUUAUGGACUCCAGGUUAAGGACUCUGGCUAUAAGGCAAGCAUUACUAUCCUGUUCUCCAAGGUGAAGAAAUGGCAAUUCAGAGAGAUGAUAAUUUGCCUGCAGUAACUAUACCUGUUAAAUGGCUCUUUCCACUAUAUUGUGUUACCUGUUUACAUAGUUGGAUAUUUUUUACUUGAAAUAUGUGGUAUCACAAAACAAUUUAUGAGUGUGGUGUACUCUCUGUGAUAUGAAACUGGUUCAAUUUAUUGCAAAAUUCUCAAAAAGCUGUAUUUGUUAUCCUAAAUGAGUAUCUAGCACUGCAGUUUAUGUGAUAUGAAACUGGUUCUAUUUAUUGCAAAAUUCUCAAAAAGCUGUAUUUGUUAUCCUAAAUCAGUAUCUAGCAGUGUGGUUUACUAUGUGAUAUGAAACUGGUUCUAUUUGUUCAAAAUUCUCAAAACACUGUAUUUGUUAUCCUAAAUGAGUAUCUAGCACUGCAGUUUAUGUUAUAUGAAACUGGUUCUAUUUAUUGCAAAAUUCUCAAAAAGCUGUAUUUGUUAUCCUAAAUCAGUAUCUAGCACUGUGGUUUACUAUGUGAUAUGAAACUUGUUCUAUUUGUUGCAAAAUUCUCAAAAAUCUCUACUUGUUAUCCUAAAUCAGUAUCUAGCACUGUUUGGGGUAUUCAAUAAAUACUCAUUGAAUUGCU